AUUUAACCAAACAUGUGAUUUCAGAGAAUAUGUCCCGCUCUAUAGUAGAAUAUUUCACGGAGAACGGUGGAUACAAGUGCGGAUACUGUAAUCAGGAUAAUACUAGGUUUUCUAAUGGAAUGUGGGGACACACACUUACACCACAAGACUACCAGGAUUUGAUAGAUCGUGGCUGGAGAAGAUCUGGUCAAUACUGCUACAAACCAAUAAACAAGAUGUGUUGCUGUCCAAUGUACACAAUACGCUGUCAUGCCUUACAAUUUAAACUAUCUAAAUCACAGAAGAAAACUUUAAGGAAAUUUAGUAACUAUAUUGAGACUGGGAAAAGACCUGGGAGUGGGACGGAGAAGAUAUCUGAACCCGGAGAAGGUUCUGCAGGGUCUACGGAUAAAGAGAUGGAAAAUCAAAGAUCUAAAGCGGAGGAAAGAUUGAAUCUGAAAAAUCCUGGAGAUUUGAUCUCAUCUACUGAGGAUGGAUACAAUGAUCUGAAUAAAUCUGAGAAAAUAAAACCAUCCCAAGGUUCAAGUUCUGCUUCAAGUACCCAACUAAAUAGUGAUGCUAGAAGAAUAAAAGGAAAAUUAUAUCGUAGACAGCGCUGGAGAAAAAACCAGGACGACAAGGGUAUGGUUCAUGAGUCAAAGAAAGGCAAUGAAGAGAAGAGUCUAGAAGACCACCUGGAGUAUGGACCCGGAGUUCACAAGUUCGAAACCCGUCUUGUACCCGCGGACCCUGAUGAUGACAUGUUCACUGAAACCUUCCUAGAGAGCUAUGCUGUUUACCAGAAGUAUCAAUUAGCUGUACACAAUGAUACCCCGGAUAAAUGUUCUCCUAGUCAAUAUAAACGAUUCCCAUAUUUUUAUCUCGUGUUAAGAUAUAAAGGACAGUUCUCUCCGUCCUACCUCUCCUGUCCUGAAACCUACAGCUGGCAGCCCCUGGAGUCCUGUGUUCCUCUCCUAAACUCCUCUACCUACUCCAGACUAGACCCGGAUACUGGAGCCAGGGAUCCAAAUUCAUUCAAAUCCAUCAAAGACGUGAUGGUCCUAUAUAUGAGACAGGUGUUGAAUUGGAGUGAGUAUGUAGGAUACUCUGUAAUAAAUAAGAAAGAUGAAGAUGAGAAGAAGAAGAAUGAGGAGGAGGAGGUGCUGGAGUAUGGUUCUCUGGUCGGCAAGGUUUGUGUCUCUAGGAUGUUACUUUACAGAGCGAGUUGAGCUAAACUCAUUACAGUGAGUCAACCCGAAAGAAAGGGCUCAUUUACCUCAACAGAUUGAGCUUAGCUUCACAUAUCAUCCUGACGAGCUGAUGAACACAUUAAAGAGAGUUGAGAUGAGCUCUAAAGAACUAUUUUAGCUCAACCCAACCCAGGGGGAGCCGAUAUAUUUCCCAGAAAAGCAAAUCCAAUUUACAGAGAGUGGAUCUUUGAUCUGGUUUCCACAUUUUAGUUUGAAGUACAUGUGUACUGAGUCUACAGUACUCGUGAUAUUAAAUUAUGCAUUAUAUUGUCCUGAACUGAAUUGCCUCUUCUUUAUACACUUAUUUGCUUCCAUUUUAGUCCAAACCUGUGAUAAUAUAUUUUGGACGAAAAUAUUACUGAUAUCAUAUGUUGAUACUAAACCCCACUGAAGAUGCAGCUGUAAAAAGCAAUUUAUGAGAUGCAUUAUUGGGUUUUAAAGGAAAAUUUAAAGUGAAUCUUGGUAUUAAUUACCCCCCCCCCUUUCUCACAUAUUUAUUUUAUAACCCUAAAUAAAUUUUUAAUGCUUCUUCCAGAACCUAAUUUAGGUUCAAGUACUA